CGGAAGUGGUGUCGACAGGUUGGUUCUGUCAGAGGUGGCUGCUCCUUGCCGUUAGUUUAAUUACAUGCAGAACAGCUUCAAACACACUUCUGUCUGUCCUUCAACAUGUCGGCCAGGAACCCAGGGACCAAACUCGACCUGGAGAGAAUCUCCAAAGUGAAAGUGAACACACAGGCUGUUCUGAAGAGAGCACAGCAGAUCCAAGGACAGAAACUCCUGAAGAAACAGUGGCAGGCCGCCUGGCUGCUGAAGGCUGUGACAUGUAUUGACCUGACAACUCUGGCUGGAGACGAUACACCGUCCAACGUGCACCGACUGUGCCUGAAAGCCAUUCAGCCAGUCAGAAUCGACCUGCUCCGCAAGAUAGAUAUGCACGACAAAGGAGUGACCACGGCAGCCGUAUGUGUGUAUCCGUCUCGUGUGGCUGACGCCGUCGCGUCACUAAAAGCAGCCAACUCCAGCCUGCCUGUCGCCUCAGUGGCCACUGGUUUCCCAGCUGGCCAGACGCCAUUAGAGACACGGUUGCAGGAAGUGCGUAUGGCGGUGGCUGACGGUGCCACUGAAAUCGACAUCGUCAUCAACCGCACACUCGCCCUCACGGGACAGUGGGAAGCCAUGUAUGACGAAAUCCGUCAGUUUCGCGAGGCCUGUGGCGACGCCCACAUGAAAACCAUCCUGGCCAUCGGAGAGCUGGGCACCUUCACCAACGUCUACAAGGCCAGCAUGGUCGCCAUGAUGGCAGGUUCCGACUUCAUCAAGACAUCCACAGGAAAAGAGGCUGUCAAUGCUACUUACCCAGUUGCCAUAGUGAUGGUGAGAGCCAUCCGUGACUACUACUUGUGUACGGGCCAGAAGGUGGGCUUUAAGCCGGCAGGUGGGAUCAGGACGGCUCAGGAGUCUCUGGUGUGGCUCUGUCUGAUCAAAGAGGAGCUGGGCAACGAUUGGCUCUGUCCUCACUUGUUCCGCCUGGGAGCUAGCAGCCUGUUGGCUGAUAUUGAGAGACAGAUCUAUCACCAUGUGACUGGACAGUACGCAGCCUAUCACGAGCUGCCGAUGGCCUGAAGCUACACACAGAAUCAACUGACCCGAGUUAGUUUAUUCAAACUUAAGUUGACAAGUUUAGUGAAGACAAUGUUAAAUAGCUUGCUAUUUGUACUUUGAAUGCACUUUGAAUGGUUUGUCAACCAUUUUGUUUUUUCCAUGUUUUAAAUGACCAAUCAAACCUCGGACCACAGUAGCCCAUCAGUGGUUGUUUAGACCAGGGGUUCCCAAACACUGGGUCAGGACCCACAGACGGGUCACAGCAGAUUCUUUUUGGGACCCCAAACAAAUUCCCGGAACUUUUAGUUAACAUUUCUUUUAAAUAACAUGCACACAAUCAUUCAUUGACAAUCUCUUCUGUAGUGAAAUUAACAUAUUUUUCACACAUAUGUCGCAGCAGACGGGGAUAUAAAAUAUCUUUAUUGUGCAAAAUAAAGAUAUCUAUAUAAAAUAAAGCAUAAAAAAACUACCAUUUUAGUCAUAUUGGCGUGUAUUUCGACAUUUUCAAGCCAAUAUCUGCUGAUACUGAUAUCAUGGGGAUAAUAUUUUGUAUCCCUACUCACAAUGGUUUGUGAAGGAUCUUCAUAUAGAACGUUUUGGGAAUCAUACAUUCUUUCAUAGCAAGUAAAAAAUAUUUAUCAAUUAGAUUUUGUUCUUUAGAUCAUGAAAAUCUGGGCCUUGGCUGAAAAUAAAAGACUGAUCUGAAAACA